GCUGCUUCUCUUUCUGAGUCUGCGAAAAAUGGCUCCCCAAACCAGAAGAACCUCAUUCCCGAAAGUGAUCAUUGAGAAAGACACCGAUUCUGAGCAAAGCUCGUCCGAAGAAGAAGAAGAAGAAGAAGGGGAAGUUUCAGAGGGAGAAAAUGGAAAGGAAGUCGAGGAGACUUUGGACGCGAAGAGGAAAGGGAAAUCGCCCAUCUGUAUUAGUCUUAAGAAAGUUUGCAAAGUAUGCAAAAAGGCGGGGCAUGAAGCGGGAUUCAAAGGAGCAACCUACAUUGAUUGCCCAAUGAAACCAUGCUUCCUCUGCAAAAUGCCCGGGCACACUACAAUGACAUGCCCACAUAGAGUGUCCACCGAGUAUGGUGUUAUCCCAACAUCCCUCAGGAAUAGCCGUAACCCAUUUGCCUACGUCUUUGAGCGCCAGCUUGGACCUACUAAUUCUCGAAUCAAACCGGCAUAUGUCAUUCCAGACCAGGUAAGUUGUGCAGUCAUCAGAUACCACAGCAGACGGGUUACUAGCUUGGAAUUCCAUCCAACCAACAAUAACAUCCUUUUAUCUGGUGAUAAGAAAGGACAAGUUGGAGUGUGGGACUUUGGCAAAGUAUAUGAGAAGAUUGUCUAUGGAAACAUACACUCUUGUAUUGUCAAUAAUAUGAGAUUCAGUCCCAUAAAUGAUGGUACGGUUUAUGCUGCGUCGUCUGAUGGAACCAUUAGCUGUACUGACUUGGAGACUGGGAUUUCAUUGUCUCUGAUGAAUCUAAAUCCUGAUGGGUGGCAGGGCCCAGGAAGCUGGAGGAUGCUUUAUGGCAUGGACCUCAACAAAGAGAAAGGUGUUGUGCUAGUUGCUGAUAACUUUGGGUAUCUCUACUCGGUGGAUAUUCGAGCCAACAACAAAACUGGUGAGGCAAUUUUAAUUCAUAAGAGAGGGAGUAAAGUCGUCGGACUCCAUUGCAACCCAGUUCAACCAGACCUUCUCUUGAGUUGCGGAAAUGAUCACUACGCUCGGAUAUGGGACAUGCGUCGAAUUGAAGCUUGUUCUUCACUUUAUGAGCUUGCCCACAAGCGUGUUGUGAACUCUGCAUAUUUUUCUCCACUGUCUGGGAGCAAAAUUGUCACCACUUCUCAGGACAAUCGUCUUCGUGUGUGGGACUCUAUAUUUGGAAAUCUGGAUUCCCCAAGUCGAGAGAUUGUACACAGCCAUGAUUUCAAUCGACAUUUAACUCCUUUCCGAGCCGAGUGGGAUCCAAAGGACCCAUCUGAGUCCCUUGUCGUUGUAGGACGUUACAUUAGCGAAAACUAUAAUGGUGCUGCCCUUCAUCCAAUUGAUUUUAUAGACAUUAGCACAGGACAACUAGUUGCGGAGAUCAUGGAUCCAAAUAUUACAACCAUCAGCCCUGUGAACAAGCUACAUCCAUGCGACGAUGUUUUGGCAUCUGGUAGUUCAAGGUCACUUUUCAUCUGGCGGCCUAAGGAGAAGUGUGAGCCUGUAGAACAGAAAGAUGAAGGAAAGAUUAUAGUUUGUAGCGGAGCUGGUAAGAAGCGUGGCGGUAAGUUUGGGGAUGAUAGUGAUGCUUCCGACGGUGAUUUGUUUAGCUCCAAGGGUAAGAAUUUGAAGUCCAAAAAAUCCAGCCUAAAAUCAUACAAGUCUCAGAAGGUCAAGCGCUAAUCUGAUAAGAGCAUUGAUGAAGAAUUCGGGAUAUUCAUUGCCUUGUCGUUCUUUUGUUUUCUUUUUUUUUUUUUAAACUCUUUUUGACAGUUUCCAUCUCCCAAAUCUGCACAGUUAAUCACCUUGCUUUCUCACCCCAUUUUUGUAUCAACCUAGGUGACCGCUUUUUGGGUAUUGUAACAUUGUUAGUGUUUUUACCUUCCCAAUAUGUCCCAGCCUUUUUGCCCGCAGUUAGAAGGAUGUUAACAGAAGUUAUGUAUUAGACUUGCCUAGUGUACAGUAGUUUAUAGCAUAUGGGAUUUAUUUUGUAAAAUAACUUAGCUGCCUAAACUUUUUUUUUUUUCACCUACAAAAGAGCAAAUUUGCUUCUUCUUACCACAUGGGAUUUAUUUUUUGAAUAACUUUGCUGCCUGGACCUUUCUUUUUCCACCUCAGAAGAGCAAAUUUACUUUAUUCUUCUUCUUAGCAUAGUGGGUUUAUUGUUAUGAAAUUACUUCGCU